AUGGCGGCUACAAGAGAAGUCAUUUCUCUUCAAUUUGGACAUUAUUCAAACUUUGUAGGUGCGCAUUUCUGGAAUAUCCAAGAGUCUCUUUUCAGUUAUGACYCAGAGAAGUCUAAAAAAUCAGACAUCAACCAUGAUUGUUUGUUUCGAGUCGGGAAAACGCAGCAAGGAUACGAAACAUACACACCAAGAGCACUUGUUUUUGACCUGAAGGGAAGUUUAMGAAACUUGAACACAGAAGGAACACUUUACUCCUCAUCUAGCAAGUCUGUGGAGUGGGAAGGAGAACUUUCAGUCCAUCAGUCAAAUGUAGAGCCAAAGAACGAGUUCCAAAUGGAUAUAGAKGAAGAAGAAAUAUUUGGSAACAAUUCUGGAAUGUCUACUGCGAGUUCGUCUGAGUCUUCAGCUCGAACAAAAUGGUAUAAUUUAGAUGAGAAUGUGCGUGUCUGGUCAGACUUCCUUGGGACUCAGUACCACCCUAAAAGCGUUAAUAUAAUCAAGGAAUAUUCRCACGAGGCUGAUCAUUUUGCUUUUGAUAUSUUUGGGUAUGGACAAACGUUGUAUAAAAAUGACGAUUUCCAAGAUGAAUUUGAGAAUAAUUURCACUWUUUCGCAGAAGAAUGUGAUCAUCUACAGGGCUUUCAGGUAUUGACUGAUGUAUAUAAUGGAUUUGCAGGACUUUCUGCACAAGUCAUUGAAGAUCUUGCUGAUGAAUACUCUUCAAAGUCAAUUACAACGUUUGGUGUUCUUCCUGGCAGUUUUCCUGGAAAUACAGAUGUGAAAAGUGCACAAAGAUUGUUGAAUAUGGCCUUAACUUAUAAACAUAUCAGUGAGCAUAGUAGCAUGUUUACUCCAUUAUCACUUGCAAGACAGGCAUGGUUUAACACAGGGAACCCAGUUGUGUUUCCUCAUUUGGACUACAGGGGUGAUCUGCCAUAUCACACAAGUGCAAUUUUAGCAUCAACACUUGAUACUCUAACCAUUCCAUAUCGGCUUGACACCUUAUUAAAAUGUGGUAUGAAUGACAUAACUGAUGCUCUGACGUUUGGUGAUAGAAAGAUUACUAGCGCCUCGUGUAGCUUUCCUCUUCCUGUUGGAACAGAGAACUCUCUUCAUAAUAUCCUUAAUUCUAGUUUAAACUGCAAAGAAAACCAUUUACUAGUGCCAGUGACACCCAAUGUGUCUCAAGUCAAUCAAUUCAUAUCAAAAAUAGCUGUGUUGAGGGCUGAUGCAAAUGCAAUGGUCAACCAAUCACAACCAACUAAAAAGCCCAAGAGUUUGAUUGACAGCUGUCAGUCAUAUUUGGAAAUGUUGAAUGUAUUUAGUCAAGCAGAUAACCCUCUGGGUGUCAAUACAAACUGGGUUGUCAAUCAAGGAUGUCCAGUCACUCCUCCUUACCCUAAUAUCUUUGCAUCUUCUGUYAGCAAGAAUGGUUUGGUCGAGGAAGGSUAUMARCGAGAUUAUAAGGUUACUGUAGAACAAGUCAAUAUGCUGGCUAGUUUAGGGGCAUGUCAGGGAGUUGGUGAGAUGGUACAAUCUCUUGUUAAAUGGUCAAGACAUGUAGAUAUCAAAAAACACAAUUGUUUUAUUGAAAGUGGUAUUGAAUAUGAAGAUUUUAUGGAUGUGUUAGAGAGUCUUGAAACUCUUGCUUCAAACUACUUCAGAUGAUAACUUUUAUCAGAUUAUGAUAACCUAUUACCAAUGACAUCUCAAAUUUACAAAAUUUGAUAAAUUAGAAAAAGGAAAUGUAGAGGUAAAUCCUAUUUUACAAGAGACAAUCUGCAUUCCUUAUGGAGAGCAGAUUUUUUUUCUCUUAUGUAACCUCUACAUUUAAAGCUAUUUGUUUGUUGCUUACAGUAAUAUUUAUUGAAUAAUAUUAAUAAGCAUCUCAACAACAAAAUGACAAGAACAUUUCCUUUAAAUACUAUAUGAACAAGGAUUAUCAAAUAAGUAUGUUUCAAAAAGAAUGAUGUUGGAAUAUGGACAUUUCAAACAAGGAAACGACGUAAUUGUUCAGUAUCCUAUAUUGUUAAAACACUCUGUUUUCUACAUCAGAUACAAAGGUUGUCAUUUUUGUGUUUGUGGCAACUGUUGAUGAAUUCAUUGAUCGUGACUUUUUAUCAGUUGGUUGGCUAUCACCACAGGGAUCCCGUAAGAGCAGCAGCAACGCAGCACGGAACCGUCUCGUACGUAGUGAAUAGAUCACCGGGUUUGCCAUACUGUUCAAAAACGUGAAGAAAAACGCUGAAAAAUGAAUCCACGAACCAUGAAGUUUUGCGAUGCUAUGGAGAAGGACUGGGAAGCAACCCAUCAAAAAAUACGCCAAUAUAGUUAUUGCAAGAGUCUUUGCGGUCUGGACGUCACUUCUAACUCUUUUACCCACAUUACUUUGCGGUGCUAUAGCACGAGUGCUUACGCGYACCUUUCGCCAAAUAAGGAAACCCAGUAUAACCAUGAAAGCGAAAGGGAUGAGUUGACCUGGGAUUAAAAAUGAACGGCCGAAAUUCUUAAAGUAAUAAAUGCGAUAAAUCCAAACUGGCAUGUUACCGACAUCAAUGGAAACUCCCAAACUAAACAUCCCCAAUGUGUAUGACAUUGCUAUCAACCAGAUUACAAUAACAGCGAAAGCAGCUUUAUUCUUYGUCUUCCACGUAUGGUACUUCAAGCCGUGCACUAUGGCACCAUAACGGUCUAACAUAAGAACCACUAGCGAUGUUACAGUGAGAUACAUGAACAAUACGUACCUGGAACGGAAUUACAUGGUGUGAUUAUCAUGAACUAUAUUAUUUUCAUUGCAGUAAUUAGUGUUGCUAAUCCGUCAAAUCCGUAUUUAAUGUCAGACUAGUGCCUUAUAUGACAUGAUUAUGAGACAACUGACUAGAAGAGAAAUUUGUAUCAAAGUUCUUAAGCAAAUGCAUGCAUUAGGUGAUAUCUUCCUGGAAUUAUUACCAAUCCAGAUAAUGUCUACAUACCACGUCACUAUAAUCCAAGAAACCGCUGGUCCAGUUAGGAAACGGACUUGACACAAGUACCACAUAAUAAACAGGGGCAUGUUAGUAAUAGCAUUGAUAACAUCGAUGAAAGCCAAGUUUGCAACUAGGAUGUUGGGAACGGUU